AUCAAAUGCAUUCUUGCCCAACCAGGAAGUUGAAUUUAAGAAGGAAGAGGAAUCGGUUAGGUGGUUAGCUACCGGAGCAAGAAGUAGUACAUCGGUUUCGUUUCUGUCAACAUGGAUUGGAGAGGAGACAACGUUGGCCAUUCACACAGUCACAUGGGUGAAAGUUGCCACGGACACGGGGGGCACAGCCACGGGCCCAAGGUGCAGGGGUUUAGUGGGGCGACACACGGGCUAAUGCCGGGGUUCCACGGUCAGUUUGGUGCCAGGGCAGACCAGAUGAUGGACCCGACGCAACAACCCAAGAAACGGUCACACAUGGACGAGAGCAGCAGCUGGGAUAUUGUGAAAGCUACACAGUUUGGGAUCCUGGAGCGCUGUAAGGAGCUGGUGGAGGCUGGGUACGAUGUCAGGCAGCCGGACAAGGAGAACGUGUCUCUGCUGCACUGGGCCGCCAUCAACAACCGAACUGAAGUGGUCAAGUACUACAUGUCUAAAGGUGCUGUCAUAGACCAGCUUGGUGGUGACCUGAACUCCACACCACUGCACUGGGCCAUAAGGCAGGGCCACCUCUCCAUGGUGAUCCAGCUGCUGCGUUACGGCGCCGACCCCUCGCUGCCGGAUGGCGAGGGCUACCGAAGCCUCCAUCUGGCCGUCCUCUUCCAGCACAUGCCCAUCGCUGCCUACCUCAUGGCCAAGGGACAGGAGGUGGAUCUGCCCGACAACAACGGACAGACGCCGCUGAUGCUGGCAGCACAGAAGAUCAUCGGGACGGAGCCCAGCAGCUUCCUGGUGAAGUGUAACGCGUCUGUGAGCGCGGUGGACCAGAGCAGGAACACGGCGCUCCACUGCGCUGUGCUGGCAGGGAACGUGGACGCAGCGCAUGUCCUGCUGGAGGCGGGGGCCAGCGUGGACACAGAGAACAGCAACGGCCACACCCCCCUGGAGCUGGCCCACCAGGUGAACAGCCCCCUGCUGGUCCACACCCUGAACCUCGUCAGACUGGACCGGCUCCGCUCUGGCUCCCGCUGCCUACGCCUGCUGCACAGAUACAGGGUGUGUGUGCAGUUCCUGCUGUGUGUGGCGGUGUUGGGCAGUGUGGGCGUCAUCCUGGACUGGAGCUCUGACUCCUGGCUGCUCAAGAGUCUCCUGCUGGGUUGUGUGCUGGCCGGAGUCAACCUGUUCUGCAGGAAGGUGAUGAACCACACCAUGCUGUCCCUGAUUCCUGCGGCGUCUCUCAUGGCGUCUGUGUUCUGGAUGCUGGUGACCUGGUGCCUGUGGUUCCUGCCUGAUGGUCCUAGUGCCGUGGUGCAGGUGCUGUUCACGCUGAAUGCCACAGCGCUGCUGUACUACUACCUCCGCUCCUGCAGGACCGACCCUGGAACCGUCAGAGCCACCGAAGAGGAGAAGAAGAUGAAUAUAGUUGUUCUGGCAGAGGCAGGCUGCUUGGAUCCCAGAAUAUUCUGCACUUCCUGUAUGAUCAAGAAGCCCGUGAGAGCCAAUCACUGCCACGUCUGUGAUGCCUGUGUGGCGAGGCAGGACCACCACUCUGUGUGGAUCAACGGCUGCAUUGGUGCCAGGAACCAUCACUUCUUCCUCCUCUUCCUCCUCUCCCUCACUCUGCUGGGAGUCUGGGUGUUCUACGGGUGUCUGUCCUACUGGUGGAAGCGCUGUCCCCUGCACUACCAGGAGGUGGGGCUGUGGAGCGCUGCCGCCCAGCUGCUGAGCUGCUCUCCCUGGGUGCUGGGAGUCGGCUGCCUGGCCCUCUUCCACACCACCUGGGCCUCCAUCACCCUGCUGCUGCAGCUGCACCAGAUUGCGUUCUACGGCCUGACCACAGCAGAGAGGACCAACCUCAUGUUCUACCAGAGGAAACUCCCUCAUCCCUUCUCUCUCAGGCAGAACCCCUACAAUCAGGGGGUGGGGAGGAACCUGGCCUCCUUCUUCCAGCUGCGCUGCUGUGGGCUUCUCAAGCCCCCCCAGGGGGACUGGAGCCAGCAGCACCUCCCCGGACGGGACCAGCCCCUGUUCAGCCACCCGGACGUCGUCUGACCCUGGGGUCAGGGGUUGGAGGGGUCAGGGGGGUUAGUGCCACAGUUGAAACCACACAGCUACUAUCUGGUUUUGGACCAACGAGUUGGAGCUUAUUUAUAUUUGAAUCUUUUAAAGGUGUUUUUAUUUUGUAUUUGUUUUGAGAAGGAGCACUAUUAUAAAGGGAAACGCAGGACUGGACUGACGCACCUGUCGUGUUCUUUUGAGUUUUUUAUCUUUUUGUCCUACAGACUCAGGCUGCCUUAAAGAGGGAAAAGUCAAAUUGACAUGUAUCAUUUGGUUGAAGUUAAA